AUGCAAUUUCAAUCUUCUGUGUACACUUACUGUGUAACACUUGUUACAUACAUUUUUUUUACAAUAAAGUACUCUUUGUCUUUGCAUUUGGAUUGUCAGGCAGGAGACAGUGGUGCACUGGAUGAGGGAGGUGACGGAAGCAAAGAAGAAGAGGUGACCUUCUACGAGGAGAGGAACUUCGGUGGCCGCUCCUGGGAGUGCAUGGGAGAUUAUGCUGACUUCUCCUCCCAGCUCAGCCGCUGUGGCUCCUUCAGGGUGCACAAUGGUUGCUGGAUGAUGUACGACCAGCCCAACUACAUGGGAAACCAGUACUUCAUGAGGAGGGGCGAGUACCCUGACUACAUGAGCAUGUGGGGCUGGAACAACUCUAUCAGAUCCUGUCGCUACAUCCCCAUGUACAGAGGAAACUACAGAAUGAGGAUCUACGAGAGGGAGAACUUUGGUGGUCAGAUGCACGAGAUGAUGGAUGACUGUGACAGCAUCAUGGAUCGUUAUCGUAUGAACCACUGCAUGUCUUGCCAUGUGAUGGAUGGGCACUGGCUCAUGUAUGAGCAGCCCCAGUACAGAGGAAGAAUGUGGUACUUCCCCCCUGGAGAGUACAGAAACUGGAGGAACUUCGGAAACCCCAACAUGAGAUUCAUGAGCAUGAGGCGUAUCAUGGAUUCCUGGUACAACUAA